AUCCAGAGCUUCUAUAUAAGCAAUGAAUCAUUAUAAAGUGCUCAGAAAAGAAAGGGAAAGAUUGCAGGGCACAGUGCAUUGGUUUCAAGUGACUGUCAUAAAGUAUCAUGUAGUGGCAGUAGAAAAAAUGCAACUGCUUGAGAAAUUAACAGUCCACUAUACAAGAGGAGUUUUUAUCUCAUUGGAGAACUGUGACAAAGAGGAAGAAAUGGAAACAGCACCAGCUUUCAAUGAUGGCAUCCGUUUGAUUGACAUGGUUCUUGUGUACAAAAAUGAUGAGAAUUCAAGAAAACCUCUUAUUUAUCGACAGAAAUAUGAAGAAAACUUAAUAAAGCAUGGAUUACAAUUAGAAGAUGAGAUCGCAGAAGAAAAUGGCUUGGUGUUUACCAAAGUACACACACCUGAUGCAGUGCUUGAAAGAUAUUCUGAGUCAAGUGGGAUAAAGAAGCCAGCAUUACUUUUUGGGAAGAGUGAAAUGAGAGAACUGCUGGAUGAAUGCCGGAGGAGAGGCAGUCUGCAGCUCAGAGGAAGGAACCGUGCAAGUUAUUUCAGUGGGCAACAAAGGACCUUCAUAACUUGGCAGCUAAUGACAACAGCAUAUUUCUCUGAUACUGACAGGGGCAUACAGAAACUUCUGAGUAAUGGGACAUAUGUUGCCGCAUACCCACUGCAUGAUGGACUGUACAAAUCUAAGACAGUUAAGCAAGACAGCUGUAAGAGAGAGAUGCUGUACAGAGACUGGGCAUCUCCAAAAAACUGGUAUAGGAAGCAACCACUUCAUGAAGUGAGAAACUACUUUGGAGAAAAAGUUGGACUGUACUUUGCCUGGCUUGGUUUCUAUACAAAAAUGCUUAUACCAGCAUCAGUAUUUGGAUUCAUAUGUUUUCUAUAUGGAUUAAUUGCUCUCCUUUGUAAUUCUGAAGAUUCUUUCCCGAGUCAGGAAAUUUGUGAUGAGAAAGGAGCAGGCAACAAGACAAUGUGCUCAGCAUGCAACAGGGCUUGUACCUACACACGACUUUAUGAGUCCUGUCUAUACAGUCGUGUCAGCUACGUUUUUGAUUCUCCUGCAGCAGUUGCCUUUUCCAUAUUCAUGGCCUUCUGGGCAUGCAUCUUUCUGGAACUGUGGAAGAGGCGGCAGGCUGAAUUGGCCUGGCUCUGGGAUCUUUCUGAGAAUGAAGAAGACUUCAACCUACGACCAGAAUUUGAAGGUUCUGUCAAGACAAAAAAGUUUAAUGUUGUUACUGGUAGGGAAGAACCACAUCUCACAUUCUGGAACAAAUCCGUGCGUCUUUUCACCUCUGCAUCUGCUGUUGCAUUUAUGGUAGCAGCGGCUGUCACUGCAACUCUUGGUGUAAUUGUGUACAGACUGUCUGUUGUAACAGCAAUUUAUGCUGCUGGUGGUUACAUAAAAAAAUACUCAAAACUGAUUACUUCUGCUACAGCCUCCCUUAUAAAUUUGGUUGUCAUAAUGCUUUUGACACAGGUGUACACAUCGUUAUCAAGAGUCCUCACUAACUUGGAAAACCCCAGAACAGCUGGAGAGUAUGAGAAGAGCAUUACAUUUAAAAUAUUUGUCUUCCAAUCAAUCAACUUCUAUGCUUCUCUCAUAUACAUAGCAUUUUUUAAGGGACGAUUUUACACUUACCCAGGAGAUGAGGAAAUGUGGGAGUCACCAAUCAAAAGUAUGAGUGCUGAUGUCUGUGGACCAGCAGGCUGCAUGUCAGAUCUGCUUAUCCAGCUAGCAAUUAUAAUGGUUGGCAAACAAGUGUACGGAAACAUCAUAGAAGUUCUAACGCCGUCACUGAAAAACUGGUGGAGAAAACGGUCAGCCAGGAAAGGUGCUGUUCAAUUAACAUCUCCCUGGGUAAGGGAUUAUACACUUGUACCUUUUGAUUCACUUACACUCUUCAGGGAGUAUUUGGAAAUGGUGAUUCAGUAUGGAUUUGUGACAUUAUUUGUGGCAGCAUUUCCUCUAGCUCCACUCUUUGCUCUUCUAAAUAACAUUGCAGAAAUUAGAAUUGAUGCAAUCAAACUGACUACUCAGUUGCGACGCCCACUUCCGAGAAGAGUGAAAGAUAUUGAACCAUGGUAUGGAAUUCUGUCAGCAAUAACAAGUGUUGCUGUUGCAGUAAAUGGCUUUGUUAUAGCAUACACAUCCGACUUUAUUCCUCGACUGGUGUACAAAUAUGCAUAUUCGCCAGAUGGUUCCCUAAAAGGUUACGUUGAUUUCAGUCUUUCAGCAUUCAAUACAUCUGACUAUGGAGCAGGUAUGGGGCCAGAUACAAGUCCUGGAGAUUAUUAUCCUGAAGUGUGCUAUUACCAGGGUUUUAGAACUCCCCCUGGCCAUCCACAUCAAUAUGAGUACUCACCAGUUUACUGGCAUGUCUUUGCUGCACGCAUGACUUUUGUUGUUGCAUUUGAGCAUAUUGUGUUCAUACUAACAGGAUUGCUAGCUUAUAUCAUUCCUGACACAUCACGGACAGUGAGGCAACUACAGCAAAGAGAGAGAAUAGUAAUAAUGGAAAGACUUGCUAGUAUCUCUAGACAAGGGAGAGAAGAAAACAACACACAGUCAUAGCAGCAGAAACUAUUACAUCUGCUGAUGUGAUGGACAUUCACUGUAUCCUGCUACAAACUAUGUCUCAGUUUACUCAUGAGAAAAUAUUGCAUUUUAAAGGACAUUUUUAAAAAAGACAAUUAUUUACUUGUAUUGAUUUGUACCAGAGAAUAAGAAAUAACAAGGAGAUUCGAGAGAAUGAAUAUCCUUCAUUGUGGCUAAAUAUGUUGUUGCUGAUUGUAUCCAGCCACACAGGGACUUCUGCAAAACUAAAAGUUGUCAUAGACAUAGGAUCUAUUAAUUUGAACCCAAAUCCAGUGGUCUCAUGUUGCAGUUAUGGAAUCUAAUCUACCUGUUUUUUUCCGAAGUUUUCAUGAAGUAACUCCUCAGCACCCACCGAUUGUAUUUUGUGGUAGAAUCACUAAGAAAACAUGUAUUUAUUUUCAUAUUAUUGAGGAAGUAAUUAUAUAUGUGAUAUUACCUUGAUAUUUCUUCGUGUUCAUUUCUUAAGUAUGUUAAAACUUACAGAACACUUGUCAGAAUUAAAUGUUGCCAGACUUCUUCCUUAUAAUAAGAAAUAGUAAGAUAUGUUACUUGACUAGGCACCAUAAUAAAUACAGACAUCUGUUGUCUGUAAUAAUUUUAUUCCCGUGGAAGAAAGACAGUAAACAUAUUUAUAAUGUAUUGUUGCUAUCAGAGGAUGGGAUGCAUUCCAGUGUACCAUUAUAUUUGAAACAGAAGAUGAAAGUUUACUUACUUGUUACUAAUGCAAAAGAAAUGAAAUGUUACGGCUAGAAAAAAAAAUUAAAAUGUGCUGUUGGAUAUCUGGCACUUACUUAAAGUGUUUUUACCUGAAUAAAGGGAAAUUAAAAUGUGAGGAAAAGGAUAAGAUCUUCAGUUACAGAAUAAACAUUGAUACGUAGUACAAUACAGUACAUGUAUUAAUGAGUUGUUGAUACUCAAUAGGUUAAAAAUAAAGGCACAAAGUGAAAGUUCCUUCGUAAAGAAAAUGAUACAAAACAAAAAAGAUAGAGAGAUUGUGAGAAAAGGGUGGGUAGUGUGCACCAGGGGAAGUUGCAGUGGCAAAACAUUGACUGAUAAGUAAGUAUUUCUCUUCUGUUCCACAUAUAUUCAUACUAAUUUUUCAUUUGGAAUUAACUAUUUAAUUAUGUGGUUUUAUUUCAUAUUGCUUACCAACUUUGUGAAUAUUUAUGAGAAACAUGUACAUACAAAUGAAGGCCUGCUGUGUAGAUUACUCAAUUUUUUUUGCAAGUUAUGUCUCAAAUAUACUUAUACCAUAAUUACAGCAUCAAGCUUCUUUUUGAUUUAUAAUCUUUUAU